AGCAGGGCAGCAGAAUGGAGACCAAGUGCUGGAGUCGACGUGUGUUUUGCUCCAGGACAACCAUCCACACCUUCCUGCUGGGAGGGGUGUUUAUUGCGCUGGGCUCGAGCCGAAUCCUCCUGAUGAAGUAUUCUGCUAAUGAAGAUAACAAAUACGAUUACCUUCCUACGACAGUGAACAUAUGUUCUGAAGUGGUAAAACUGGUGCUGUGUGUGAUAUUGGCACUAUGGGUUAAGAAAAAAGAGGGUUGUUUGGAUCAUCACUUUGAAUGUCUCUCCUGGAAGAAUUUUUGUGAUUCCAUGAAAUGGUCAAUUCCUGCCUUUCUUUACUUUUUGGAUAACCUGAUUGUCUUCUACGUCCUCUCCUACCUYCAACCUGCAAUGGCUGUACUCUUCUCAAAUUUUGUCAUUAUAACAACGGCUCUUCUCUUCAGAAUAGUGCUAAAGCGACAGCUGUCUUGGGUACAGUGGGCAUCUCUGGUGAUCUUAUUCCUGUCCAUCGUUGCCCUGACUUUGGGGACUGGAGGCCACCAGCACAGCUUAGCCACGCACGGAUUCCACCACAGCGCCUUUUUUAGGCCUUCUAACCAUUGCCUUCUCUAUGCUGCACCUGAGGAAACAUGCCCGGAAAAGGGCAGCUGUGAGGCACCCAGCUUCCUCCCCAGAUUUCAGUGGAACAUCACCACUACUGUCGCAGGAGCACUGAAACCUCUCCGYCUGAGCCUGGGCCAUCUGCUUAUCCUAGUGCAGUGCUUCAUUUCUGCCCUGGCUAACAUCUACAACGAGAAGAUCCUGAAAGACGGGGCCCAGGCUGGUGAGAGCAUCUUCGUGCAGAACAGUAAGCUGUACGUGUUUGGGGUGAUGUUCAAUGGGCUCAUGCUGGGGCUGCAGGCCAAGGACCGGAGGCUGAUAGGCAGCUGUGGCUUCUUUUACGGGCACAACAUCUUCUCGGUGGCUCUUAUAUUUGUCACUGCUUUCUUGGGGCUGUCCGUGGCCUUCAUCUUGAAGUUCCGCGACAACAUGUUCCACGUGAUGACUGCCCAGGUCACCACUGUGAUCAUCACUGCGGUCUCUUUCGUCAUCUUUGACUUCAGGCCUUCCCUGGAGUUCUUUUUGGAAGCCCCUAUAGUGCUUCUCUCCAUCUUCAUCUACAAUGCCAGCAAACGGCGGGGCCUGGAAUGCGCCGCUCUGCGGGACAGGGGCAAACUCUUCAAAGGAGACACGUGGGAAAGGUCAAGCGGGGAUGGAGAAGAAUUUGAGAGACUGAACAAACCAAGCAGUGACAUUGAAACAGAUGAGGACUCACUCUAGCACGGAGCUCACUCGGGGGAGCACUGUUACUCAGAGAACAUUAAUGUUUAUUUAACACAGGGAAAGGUCCUUUUUUAUCUACUUACAAAACAAUGGAGAAUAUUUGUGGGUUGGAUAUCAGAGAUGGAGGAGGAAAAUAUUCAAGCUCUUACUUUGAGCCAUAUGUCCGAAGAGCUGUAUUUCCUCUUUCCAUCAGUCCUUUAAGUGACUUAAAAACACGCUGAAAUAAACAGGGUUUUAAAACUGAUGUAAAAAAGAAAAAGAAAGAAGGCUUGGAUCCUUGGGUGACUUAGGUGGUGUUAGGAGGGCACUCCUGAAGAUAACAUUCUCUCACCUUGAUGGCUGGCAGCCAAGUACUCUGUGCUUCGUAACUCUGCUUGGACCAAAUACAUUCACGACCAAAAUGAGGAGCCUACUCCUGAAAACCUGUGUGUUCCGUGAGAUGCCCCCUUAGCAUUUUCACAGCCCUUUGGGAGGAGAAGCGUGGCAUAAGCCCGACUUUCCAGGACUUUGGAGCACGUGGCAUCUUCUUCGCUUGUUUUAUGGAGAGGUGAUCUCAGAAUUAAUUUCUUACUUGAAUGAAUUACAGAACUUGGGAGGCUUAUGAAAUAUGAUGUCUAAUCACAGUAGAGAUUUGUUUGUUUGCUGCUGUGCCUGACAUUGCAAACUGAAAGACAAGUGUUCUGAGUGUAUAAAUCUGCAGACUCCAAGACCAUAGCUGAUUCUUAUAGUUUCUCAAGUGAAACAGUUUCGUUCUUGCUCUUUCUGGAGAUGCGGUUGCAGUUUGUCCCUAAAAGUGUAACAGCAAUUUUUUUUGUACUUCACAGCGAGAAAUGUGUUUUGAUGGCGUUUGGUUGUUUGCUUGGUUUUGAUUACCUAGAAGUCUUUUGAAAGUACACUUUACACUGUCUAUAAAUACAGAAUUUUAUUUUAAAAAAAAAUCAGCUUAAGAUCCAGCUACAACUUGUUUGUAAGCAAAUGAAAAUGUGAUUUAACCAGUCUGGACUGUGAAUGCUACUUGAAAAUAUAUUUCAAUAUUAUGGCUAUUAAAAGAGAUUGCAGCAGCCAAAGUCUUUAGAAGCUGUAGAAUUUCUUGGCCAGUCAAUAUUCUAGCAACAGUGGAAGAAACAGGUGGUGUGUGAGAGCGGUGAAAAGGACAUUAGGUUAGGACAUUAAGCUGAUGCAGCGUAACUUGAACAGCACCAGGACUUUGGGUUUUUUUAACCCCAUGUUUUCCCCAAUUUCGGUAAAGCAUCCCAAGUCAACUGCAAUUUCCUGUAGCAAUUACUUGAUUAAUAAAGUACAGAUGAUAAAGCUAUGAGGAUUGAUGAAUGUUUUUGCAGCAUCUUAAAUUGUGUAAACAUUACAGUAAGUCUUUGUUUUUCUAGUAAUUAAGAUGGUACUACUAACUUUUUAAAUAAUGAGGUAAAUUGACUGUUUUAAGGCAUUUUGGCACUUCAAAUUCAGAUAACGGUAACCGAGUUAAGUAAGAUUCCUUCUGAAUCCAUCUUAGCAAAUUUUCACUUGAGAAAGUAUAAUAAAUCAGAUGAUUUAUGGAACACUGAUUCUUCAAACAGGCAGAUCUUUGGAGUGCCAGUUUGGUCUGAACAGUCUUAGUUCUAUUUUCAUCAGUGUCGCUCUGUGCUGGCUCCUGUGGAGUCCUUUUCGUUCUGAUUUUCUUUGCUGUGACUGAAAGCAGAACAGAUUUCACUGACUUCAGCCACUAGCUCUCCUCAAAUUUUCAGUAUGACGCUGUUGCCUGUUUCCCAGUGACUGGAAAAUUGAAACGUGGAAUGACUUUGUAGCAAAUGGUGUGUUUUACAUGCAACUUCUUGGGCAUAACUUUGAAAGAGCCUGAAUAAAACAAGAGUGUAUUAUACAGUUUGAGGGCACCAUAGGCUGCUGCUUUAUUUUUUUUUAAAGGCUGUAUGUAGAGACUUCCUAGAAUUGGGGCCACCAUAUGAAAACAAGUAUCAUAUAGCCACUUGGAGGGCCUACAACUUGAGGAGCAUGAGCAAGAGGGUGCAGGUGGCAAUUUUGUUUGGUGACACUUCACCAGGUAGGACUGGUGAAGUUUUACGCUCAUCUUUGGGAUAGAAAGUGAGUAAUGAGGGAGGGGAGAGAAAGAGAGAGCAUUUUAUGGGGGAUCAAGUGCAGUCAUCUUGGAGCCAUUGAGAUUUUUGCUGGUUUGGCUUUUGAGUGAGAUGAAAAACAGAUUCCAAAUAAUUCAGAGAAUUUUGAGAAGGGGGAAGGGGAUAGGGAUGCAGAAAAARUGUUUCUUGAUGAGUUCUUAAAACCUCUGCGCUUGAAAUAGUGGAAAGGAUGUUAGCUUGUAAUUUCCUCCCUCCAUGAAUGGGUCUUUUUUUAGUGGAAAGAUAUUGUCCAAAGAAUUCUUAAGAGGAUAUGUAAUGAGUCUCAAAACCUCAUGCCACACUGUAUAGUAAUCAGCUACUGCUGCAUUUUUUUCUGUGGACUGAAGACAGUUCUUCCUCUGUUCCAGUUUGCCAUCCUGUUUCCAGGCCUUGUGUGCUAAGAGCUUGCUUAUGCAGACUGUGUUGAUGGCUAUAGCUAUUUUAAUGAAUGUACCUCCUGU